AGCAAGACGAUUUUCAUGACGCGGAAGAUGAAAAUGCCGCUGCCGGUAAGGACGACAUCAGGGAAUUGCGUUUACUCGAGCAGCAGGGACCGACCUUCGGAUUAUCUGGAAUGUUUUCGGGAGGUCCUGCUGCGCAGGAACCGCACAGAUUUCCACGAGCAGACGCCCAAGGGCAAGACCACGACGUUCAUUUCAGUGAGCCUGCAAACUUCCCAAACAGUUUUUCUUCAAUUGUCAACUCGACGGGCAGCACGGGCGACGAAUCUUCAUCGUAUUUGGCAGGCCGUGAUCGAAGGAGCAUGAAAGGUGCUCCUAGAAAGUAUAGAUUUGGGCAAAGCCCGCGUCAAGAGUUUUUGCAGAUAUGGAAUGUGUACGCAGAAAACGCAAAAGAGCUCGUGCCAAACAUGUCGAUACUAGAAUUGGCUUCUGUUGUUAGAAGCUGCUGCCGAGUAGACUUCACAAAGCACUCCCUGUUAAAAAAAGUUACAGAAAAACUCUUCCUAGAGCUGGUCAAGCUUGAGCAGCAAGGAACCAAAUCUGGAAAAAAUACUGCAUCUUCAACGAAAACGGGCCAUAUUGUGCUUGAGCCGCGCCUGCUUUGUCAAUUUCUGUUGGACUUGGCUAAGCUUGAGUAUCUAAAGCCACCACUAUUUCUCAAAUGGCGUAGCGUUAUCUUUGGGCGUGGAGAACUUGACGUUGCUAUAGGGAAUAACACUUUGGGAAAUCCGGAGAACUUCCCAGUAGGUGCGAAGCCUGCUUUAGUUAGUUGGAGAACGUUCGAUCUCCCGCUACUCGUGACAACCUUGGCGCGCAUAGGCCUUAGAGACGUACCGGCUUUGACACACGUGUGCCGACGUUUUGCUCUGCGAGUAAAGUCUACAGAAGCAAGCGCGAAAAACGCGACUGUGGUUGCGGCACUCAUUUACAACUGUGCGGUGUUGAACUUUUACAACCCUGACGUUGAGUCGGUCGCAAAGUGGAGUCUUGGAACUAAUGCUCGAGACGAAAACGAUGAAGCUGUGAGGGAGGCGGCAGCCUGUGGGACUCCCGCAACAGAUCACACGAGCACCUGCGUUCAUGUCUGGUCCACUCAAGAGAAAAUCAAUGUACUUUUUGCCCUGGUUAUAUUCCAUGUUGGUGCGGCGUCGUCAUCUGCACGAACAAACACUCCAGCCGCGACCACCGGCACCACCACGAGAUCAUUGUUGAAUUCCUCGCUGAGUAAGCUGAUCACCCAGCCUCUACUUACCGAACAAGACACAAGGGCCCAGCACCAACUGCGCAUAAUUGCAGCCUGUUCAGAAUACGGCUUGCUGAGUACGUCCUGCUCGAUGAAGAUGAAAAACAAAAAGCACGCCGAGCAGCUUGGAUCCACCACGACCGGUGAAGGCAAGAAGGCUUCCUCCUUCGACGUAUGGUCAGAGACAGAUUCUCUCGCAUUGCGUGCCCUUGAGCAAAGGCAUGGACCGCAGAGCUACGCUGCUCAAGCUCGGCCCUCUCUGCAGACCCACGCGCACACUUCGGUCUUUCAAAAAUCCGCCCGAAGGGUCUUCGAUGAGCUGGGGUUUCCGUUCAAGGAAGAGGUUCCCAUAGGGCCUUACCAAGUGGACUACUUGUUGAAGCAUCGGGUUGCCGUUGAAUUUGAUGGCUUUUCACACUUUUACAUGGAUUUUUCUGGAAGUUCUAAUCCUAGUGUCGUGGGAAGAACUCCAACUUCAUCACCGACGAGCAAGAACUACAAAGACGCUGAGGACCAAAGUGGGACUAAACAAUCUCCCUUACCAGCAUGUCCCCACGUGAAGGCAAAAACUCGCCUAAAGCACGCUCUGCUGUCUGCCAUGGGAGUUCGUGUAAUUAAGAUUUCCUACCACGAAUGGCUUCCUACGAAGCACUUCGAAUCUAGAAAGAAGUUGUUGUGCGACAGGUUGGAGGCAGAGACUGGACUUGAUGUCGCUGAUUUCCGACUUGGUGGGUGAGACUACAACUACUCAUCGGCAAUCGCAAUUUCGCAUGCGACUAUAUUUUCGUAGCGCGAGGAGCGGCAACUCAGCAAGUCCAAGUCCACCAAAGAGACGCGACUGCUCGCCGCGGGUUCGACGUCACAGGGAUUGGGCCGCUUUGUAGCUGGUCUGCACGCGAGAAUGAAUGCGAUCACGAUCAUUUCAUGCGGAAGUCUCUGCUGUCUCCGCGUGAUCGAGGGCUUGCUAGCUCGAUAUGGCUCCCUAAGAAACAGAAAGAUCAGAAGCUACAUCCGGCAGCGAACCCCGAAUUAAGAGGCUGCGAACCACGAGCGCCAAGAAUACGAAAGCUUCCACCUAGGACGUCAAACGAAUGAUCCUAUGUAUCUGCAACUGCACGAUCACUCAAGUAUGAAUUGGUGCUGGUACUUCUAGUUCUAGUAGUACGACUACUUCUUCAUAAGUAUUCUCCAGCAACGUCUUACUCUGAAGUAGAUUUUUGAUUGCCUUGGCCUCAUAUCUAUGUUGAUGUUGACGAGGUGGAGGUUUCUCUCUCACAAACAACCGGCUCAACACAGCAGGAAGAACUUGAUAUACAUUUUAGGCGCAACGAACUAUAACGAGCUGAAGCUACGUGUACGUCUAACUGAGAUGAAAUGAUGCACAUGAUUGAAAUCACGUUCAUGUGCUAUUAUAACGAUGUCAUGAGGUAGAUCAUGCCUCUUCCAUGGCAUUUCAUGCUCUUUGGGCAGCGACUACGCCCUCUACUCACAAAGGGUGGAAAGGUGGAAUACUACAGAUGAAAGUUGACUGACUGAAGAACAAU